GUAUUCACAGUUUUAUAUCACUGAUCUCUAUUUUCACUUGACAUACCUGCUGCAGGGUGCAGGGCUACUCUCUUCCCCCUGCAUGUUCUGAUGAGCCUGGGGGUAUGAACCAGACUGCCAACACUGUAGCAGUCAAGCACAUUGAAACCCCUCAACCUCCUCGUCUUCAGGAUAGCCUCAACCCCCGUGCUGGAAGCCAUGUCUUGCACACAGAGAAUAACUUUGAACAGGAGAUAUUUUCUGGAAUAGCCAAACAGGUACAUCAGCGAGAUCCACGGAACCACGAUCGCAUCAUCAUGGACAACAAUUCAGAGUACCAAAAGAACCUUCAAGACUUUUUCCCCUGUGGUCCAGAUAAGUGGACAAAAGCAGAAACCAUGCACAAUGAGACACAAGGUUGGGGCUUUAACCAAAUAAAUGCAACCCCUGUUAAAGCACGAUUUUACUCAUUAAAAUUCCAUUGGGUAGGAAUGCGACGGGUGGAGAAAGGUACUCGGCGGUGGGUGGACCUGCCUACCACUGCUGACUAUGCCACAGAGUUGGGUCUGAGACCGCCUGACUACAGCGGGAAGGACACAGAGGCGCCCAGACAGCAACCCCACUACAACCCUAUGGCCGAGCUCUCCUCCUUACGUUACGCAGUGGAGGGAUGGAGGAGUGCCUGGAAGAUCAAGAUCACCUGGCAGAGUGUGACUAUUGAAGGGUUAAAGAGGGCCCUUAAAGACCUGCACUACCAUGUUCGCCUGUCAGCCAUAGCCACUUGUGCAUCAGGGGCAGUGAACAGACCGAGGGAAAAGCAACAUCCCACAGAUGCAGGUCAGUAUGGCCGUGUGCGGGACAUCCAGCCAGUUCCUCAGGAGCUCCAGCCUCUUCUUCUCCUAGCUCUGGACGACCCUGUGAAGAGAGUUCAGAUGGCAGCAGCAGUGUGCCAGUACGCCAUGGGGACGCCAGACUCCCGAGCCCGUGUAAUCCUCUGCAAUGCACUACAUCAAGACUCUGCAGGUGUAGGUGCAGACAGCUGGGUGGCAGCGCAGUGCCUGGCCGUGGAGGGGGAUUACAGUCGGCCAGUCAUUCAGAGACUUCUCUCCCAGCACUUCGUCAGUGAGGUUCACACAGAUAAUAAACAGUCAGCCGCUCUACUUGCCAGCAUCAGUAGCAAGACAACUCUAGUUCGCUCUCUGCUGGCUGAGGAGUUGAAUUGUGCCAACUGGAGGACCAGACUCUUGGCUUGCAACACUAUCUCCCAAUUGAAAGGACCAAUUAAUAAGGACCUUGCAAACAAGUUGAUCUACCUGAUGUGGAAUGACUGGAGUGGUAACGUGAAGCAGGCUGCAGCCCAGGCCCUGGGGAAACUAGGAAUGGGAAGAGAUGUGCACAACGAGCUGAGAAUGAAGCUUGAGGAAGGUCCUGCCUCCUGGAGGGUGGAAGCUCUCAUCCUCAUAGCUCAUCUACAGAUCAUGACUGCCAAGCUGCUGCCACCCUUCCUGAAAUGUUUCAAUGACAACUUUGUGGCCGUGAGGAAACAGGCCUGUCUGACUGCUGCAGCUCUAAUUAUGAAGUACAGCAUGGUCUUGAAUCAGCUGAUUCAGCUAACACAGAAUGACCCAGCAUGGGAGGUUAAAGUUGUUGCAAUCAGUGCUUUAGGGAAGAUAGGUUGCCUCACGCCGACUCUCCAGGACCACCUCCUCUGGGCUUUACAUCAUGAGGAGAAACCCCAGGUACGCAUCGCCGCCUGCCAGGCCCUAAAGAUCCUUAAAGUGAAGGGACCAGAGCUGCAGAACCUCCUACAGGAGAGGUUUGUACUGGAACCCCACCCCCAGGUCCAUAGGCAUAUACAGGGGCUCCUCAAAAACUAUGGCUACAGUAUUGAUGGAGACAGGGGCAUGGUCCACAAAAUCAAAGAUCAGGUUCAGAGGCUAUGCACCAAGAGCAUCAUCACAGACAAAGUGCUGUUGAUGGAGAAGCUGGAGAACAUGUACCAGCAACAGAGGAAGUAUCUGGUAAAUGAGAGCCGGCCGGACACUACACCAAUAUCACAGCUGCUGCAGGAACGCUACAACAGAAUUAAACAUUGCCCUUCCACAGUAAGGCCGACUCACUCCUCAGAUUCCUCUGUGACUCAGUCCUCCUCUAAAUGUACGCUUGAAUCAAGCCCUGUCAACAAAUCCUCUUCAUCUGCUUAUCAAGAUCAUCAACACUCCAUCGUGUGACAGUGGAGAAACUUCAGCACUCCAAGAAAAUGAAG